AUGGCCGACACGAGGCUUGCCUCCCUGGAUGACUCAAUGGCGAGCCGGCUACCGGUGCACUCGCAGACGCUGUUCGACGCCAAGACGGCCAAGAAGCUCACCUUUGAGGCCAUUGCCUCCAAGCUCGGCAGGAGCGAGGUGGCCGUGGCCGGCAUGUUCUAUGGACAGGUGCAGGCUUCGGAAGAGGACGUCGAGGCUCUCUCGGAGCUUCUGGGUGUGCCCAAGGAGUCGCUGUCCAAGAUGACCAACUUCCCGGACCGGGGUCGAUCGGGCCCAAUGCCGCCGGUCGAGCCGCUCAUCUACCGGCUGUACGAGGUUGUGCAAAACUAUGGCUACUCAUUCAAGGCUGUGAUGAACGAGAAAUUUGGAGAUGGCAUCAUGAGCGCAAUCUGCUUCCAGACAAAUGUCGAGAAGGAGGUGGACGAGCAGGGUGCGACUUGGGCUGUCAUCACCCUCAGGGGGAAAUGGCUUCCCUUUACUCGCUUCUAA